CUCGAUAGUAUAAAACACGGCGUCAGGCCUGAUCAACCUUAUGGGCACCGCCUUUAAAACGACAUCAUAUCAUUGACUCCACACGAGACUAUAUUAAUGGAAGUAUCCAGACCUCUUCCGCGGACCGUUGUCGUCAUCGGUGCCGGUGCUCAGGGCCGGCGGCUGGCUUACAUGUGGUCAAGCAGAGGUAGUCCUGUUCACUUAGUCGACCUAGAGGAACGAAAACAGCAAGAAGCUCUACUGUAUAUCCAGCAACUUCGUGCUAAAUCAACUAGCGAUGACUCAAACUGGGGGGAGAUCAUGGCAUCAACACCGAACUCGUUAGAGUCCUGGUUAAAAGACUCAUGGUUAGUUGUUGAGUGUGUGCCGGAGAACUUGGCAUUAAAGCGAAAAAUAAUCAUUCAGCUUGAUAAACUUGCUCCUGAAGGCACAAUUAUUGCAUCUAAUUCCAGCAGCUACGGAAUUUCAGAGAUCUUGGAUGGGGUAAAUUUGCGUCAUAAGAAGAGGGCAUUAAGCGCACACUGUUACUGGCCGCCAGAGACCACAGCAAUUGAAAUUAUGGGCCACAACGAAACAGAUCCUUCACUCAUCGCUCUGCUCUUAGAGCAAUGUAAGGCUCAUGGAUUUUCACCAUUCCAUGUUAAACAAAGCUCCAUAGGCUAUAUAUACAACAGGAUUUGGGCCGCCAUCAAACGUGAAACUCUUCUCGCUCUCUCCGAGGGCGUUGGAUCGCCACAAGAGAUCGAUGCCAUUUUCAAAGAUGUCUUGAAGACGCCAAAGGGGCCGUGUGAGCUCAUGGAUAUUGUUGGAUUAGAUGUCGUGCUAGACAUUGAAAAUCAUUAUGCAGACUCACGGAUCGGCAUCCCUCCAGAGCCACGAGAUUAUGUCCAAAAAAUGAUCCAGAACGGUCAUUUAGGAAUAAAAAGUGGACGGGGUUUUUACAAUUAUACAGGGACUCUCGACGAGAAGCAUAGACUUUGAUUUGUUAAAUAUAGCCUUGCUGUAUUCCUACAUGCACCGCGCUCGUUUACUGCGAAAAGGGC